AUGAUUUAUAAUACAGCACCGGAUAAAUCGGAUACAGUCGUCUCUCCUAAAUCUCAAACGUUUAACGUGGUGCCUUCACCAGUUAUCUACAAUCCAGCUACCACUCUAUUAGUAACCAGUUCCACAAAACCUUAUCCCAAUCCCAGUAUGAUAACUCCUAAUACAGGCACAGCUGAUCCAAAGGACCCUGCCGUCAGUUCUACUCUUGGCCAAAAUGUUUUAACAAAACUCUUCCCCGAUUCAAGGAUGAUCACUCCUGAAGCAGCCGAUCCAAAGGACACUGCCGUCAGUUCUACUCUUGGUCAAAAUGAUUUAACAAAACCCUUCCCCGAUUCAAGGAUGAUCACUCCUGAAGCAUCCGAUCCAAAGGACCCUGCCCCCUUCCCCGAUUCAAGGAUGAUCACUCCUGAAGCAGCCGAUCCAAAGGACACUGCCGUCAGUUCUUCUCGUGGACAAAAUGUUUUAACAAAGCCCUUCCCCGAUUCAAGGAUGAUCACUCCUGAAGCAGCCGAUCCAAAGGACACUGCCGUCAGUUCUACUCUUGGACAAAAUGUUUUAACAAAACCCUUCCCCGAUUCAAGGAUGAUCACUCCUGAAGCAGCCGAUCCAAAGGACACUGCCGUCACUUUUACACUUGGACAAAACGAUUUGACAAAAGCCUUUCCAGAUCCAAGAAUAGUGCCUCCUGACACAGCGAAAUUAAACACAAUGCCAUCACCAAUUGAUAUCACACCGGGAAUAUCCAACAUAGCUCCAAAUUUCAAUAAGCCACUAACCGAUCUCUCUGUCAACCCUGCUCUGGAGUAUCGUGAAUUGCCAAUAUCUAUUGGUGGUAAUUAUUACAUUCUGGACGGGCAAGAAAACCAUCUACCAUAUCCAUUCCAUUCAGGUACAAUAUUAGAUUCUAAUUUUCUUUCUAAACCAGUUAUUCUUUUUAAGGGAGAACUUGUGGUCCAGUGA